CAAGAUUGUUUAUCGUAAACGUUUUGGAUUAGCUUGGAUUGUAGAAAACGAAACUUCUGUAUAUAUGGGAUGGCAUUGGAACACAGAACAAGAGACGUCUCGAAGUCACUGGAUCUUAUUGCUGGAGGUUUAGCUGGCGCUACAGCCACAGCGGUGACCUACCCUCUCGAAGUUUUAAAGACGAGAUUACAGUCUUCGACUUUCAACGUUGGAAGAGUUCAUAGCAGAUUACCGCUGUUUGCCCUUGGACAGAACAUAAACUUGAGUAUAGCGAGUCCAGUGACUUCAGUGCGGCAUGCCACACUAUUUUCCUAUGCGAGGCAAAUGAUUCAAAACGAAGGAUACGUGUUAUUCUCUCGGGGAUUUGCUGCCAAUGUUAUGGCAGUUUCAAUGUCAAAGGCGAUCUAUUUCCCUGUGUAUUCGUGCUGCAAGCGAUUCCUGGGUCAAAAUCGUGGUCAGUCAGAACAUGUCAUCAUUCACAGUUCUUCUGCAGCAAUUGCUGGCUUCGUCAGUUGUACAGUCACAAAUCCUAUAUGGUUCUUAAAAACAAGAUUACAACUUGACUGCGAAGUCAGCAAACAUAACUGGCUAAAAAUGCCGGUGGCGAUCGAAAUAUAUAAAAAAGAAGGAAUACGAGCGUUCUACAGUGGCUUAGCAGCUUCCUAUCUUGGUAUAGUCGAAACAAUGCUACAUUUUGCAAUUUAUGAGUAUUUACGAGGUCUUAUACGACAACGAGACACUUCGAGAUCUUCAAGUUCGGGUGCAAGGUUGUACUUGACUGACUGUAUGUUGGCUGCAGCCACUUCGAAAACAAUUGCAACUGUUAUAGCAUAUCCUCAUGAGGUGUUUAGAACACGUACGAGAGAAAGAGAAAACAUUGGAAAAUCGUUCAUAACGUUAUUUAAAAACAUUUUGAGGAACGAAGGCUGGAAAGCGUUUUACAGGGGUUUGGGCACUCAUUUAGUUCGCCAAGUGCCAAACAGUGCCAUUCUAUUUUUGACUUAUGAAACAAUUAUCUAUUUCGGAACCCAGUAACGCGAAAUCUAAUUAAUUAAAUCAUACGUAUGAAGGUUGCCGGAAGGGUGUAAAUCACGCGUUGUAAAUAUUACACGUUGGCAAUAUUACACGGUACGACGUUUCGCAACGCAACAGGUUCCCAAAGCAACGAAAUUUCCUGUAUAAACUCCUUUAAGGCUAGUUUCCACUCAGGAAAAUUAUCCGUGAGCUCUGUCUUGUGAGCUCUGGAUUGGAACUAUAAUGACUUUAAGGUGCUGAUUACAUGGUGCCGGGCUGGCCCGGUUAACCGGGCUGACUCGUUUGUUUAGGACCUUACUGUGGUUUUAAAACUCGCGUAAAAUAAAUUUGCGAUAAAUAAUUGGCUUAGUAUAGAUGCAAAAUCAUCCUAAACCUGAUUCACAACUCAUUUUGCGGCCCAAGGAACAUUUUCGUGACAUUUUUCAGCCAGGUAAAGCCCGGUCCAUGUGAUCAGCCCUUAACACAAAGAAAAAUGUUCUUGUCCGUUCCAAUCCACGGAUAGUUUUCCUGAGUGGAAACUAGCCUUUACAAAGGAAUCGUCGUUGAAAAUUGUUCCGUGUUGACAUCGCUUUAUUUUAAUCACGUCCUUUAAUUCAAGGGAUAGGAGUCAAUGAGAGUUGGUAUGCUUUGGUUUAUGUUGGUAUAUACGUACAGUCACUAUCAUGUAUUUUAUUAUUAAGUUAACGUAUAGACAUAGUUGGAACACUUGAAUUUAGUUGAAUAUCAAAUCUUUAUUUUGUUAAUCUAGAUCGAGCUUGAAAUCUCGCUUGAAAUGUCCCCCCUACUCAGUUCUACUCAAUGCGUGACUGCGAACUCUCACCAACUCUUAUCCUGGUUUGAUCGGGGCUUUACGAAGGCUUUACGUACAUUCCAGAGAAAUUUUAUUAGGCAACUGAAUAGGUCUAACUAUUGUAAAUAUUGUAAAUACGUUCAAUUAAUUACAUAAAUGCUUAUUUACGAUCUCAAUUUUGAGCUGUUUUUUUUUGUACCACUAUGUCAUCAAUCAUUCUACAUCAUCUUAGUAU